UUCACGUGAAAUGUCCCUUUAAUAAGCGCGCUGCGACCACGCACAAUUUAGGGCCAUAAACGAGCGGAGAGAGAGACGAGUGUCAGCAGCCGCACUGUGCUAUCGGCGUCAGGAUGGUGUCCUCUUACCCUCUACCGGAGGGCUUCUCCGAGUUUGACGUCUUCUCCCUGGGAUCGUGUCUGCUGGUCGAGGGUCUGCUGGGCUUCUUUUUAAACGCGGUGACGGUGGUCGCCUUCCUCAAAGUGAGGGAGCUGAGGACCCCCAGCAAUUUCCUCGUCUUCAGUUUAGCGCUGGCUGACAUGGGCAUCUCCAUGAACGCCACUGUCGCAGCUUUCUCCAGCUUCCUGAGGUAUUGGCCAUAUGGCUCUGAGGGAUGCCAGACUCACGGAUUCCAGGGAUUUGUCACCGCUCUUGCUAGCAUCCACUUCAUUGCCUCCAUCGCCUGGGACAGAUACCACCAGUACUGCACCCGAACUAAGUUGCAGUGGAGCAGCGCCAUCACCCUGGCUAUCUUCAUCUGGCUCUUCACUGCCUUCUGGUCUGCUAUGCCUCUGAUCGGCUGGGGCGAGUACGACUAUGAGCCUCUCAGGACCUGCUGCACUCUGGACUACACCAAGGGAGACAGGAACUACACCUCCUACUUGAUCCCCAUGGCCAUCUUCAACAUGUUCAUCCAAGUGUUUGUCGUCAUGUCCUCCUACCAGUCCAUCGGAGAGAAGUUCAAGAAGACAGGAAACUACAAGUUCAACCCCAACACUCCUCUGAAGACUAUGCUGCUCUGCUGGGGCCCCUAUGGACUCCUGUCUUUCUACGCUGUGGUCGAGAACGCAGCCCUGGUGUCACCAAAACUCAGGAUGAUGGCACCAAUCCUGGCAAAGACCUCCCCCACCAUCAACUUCUUCCUGUACUGUUUGGGAAAUGAGAACUACAGAGGAGGCAUCUGGCAGUUGCUCACUGGGGAAAAGAUUGAAGUGCCUCAAAUUGAGAACAAGUCCAAAUAAACUAAGCAUGCAAAGUUACCCUCA